GGUUAGGCGACGAGCCCUUGCUCCGCCCCAUGUGGGUCUAGGGAGGGGGGAGGGAGCCAGGCUGAGCUGAUCCCACGUGUGACGAUCGCAUUCCCGGCUCAGUAAUAUUCUCUUAGCGGGGCUUCGUGUAGCUUUUGCCGCGUCUGUGUGUGUUUGUUAGUUACUGGCUAUAGUUGGGUUAGCUAUGGAGGGAGACGGAAGCCAAGCCACAUCUGGAAGCCCGAAUGAUUCACAACACGACCCGGGUAAAAUGUUUAUCGGUGGCCUCAGCUGGCAGACCUCACCAGACAGCCUUAGAGACUAUUUCAGUAAAUUCGGGGAGAUCAGAGAAUGCAUGGUGAUGCGGGAUCCCACGACCAAGCGAUCCAGGGGAUUUGGGUUCGUUACGUUUGCGGAUGCUGCCAGUGUAGAUAAAGUCUUAGCUCAGCCACACCACGAAUUAGACUCAAAGACGAUCGACCCCAAAGUUGCCUUUCCUAGACGCGCCCAGCCCAAGCUGGGUGGGCAGGCCGGCCUCCGGGCCUCUCGGCGUUCACUGGGUCCGCGGUUCCGGAUCUGCCUGUGCCGGGCCCGGUCGUGACUCAUGACAGACAGGCCCUCAGCCGACAGGCCCCCCCCUGCCC